AGUCAUACGCCUUCCAAUUGUAGUUGCUUGCUUCUUCCACUCAUGAUUGAAACAUAUUACAUAUGUAUAGGCGCUGUCAAAGAUCACGUCUACAGGUGCUAUGACAUUCUGUUUUAUUCAAGCCAUAGAACGCAGCACACAAGGCACAACCUAUGGAAGCAUUCUGAAUUCGAUGCGCACCACAAUAAGGAAUACAGGGAAUGAUGGUGGUGGUAUUGGUGGUAGUGGAGUUGUUACGACUGUGCUAAGCAUGCUUCUGACAGGGGGAAGUGCAAUUGGGGGAUUAAGACAGGAGCCUCAGCUAACUGCUUGUCAACCAUUCGAUGUCUAUGCAAAGCCUUUCAUUCUCUAGUAAAGACGACUCACUUUUAUGUAUAGCGAGUGCGAUUAAAUUCUGUCCAUUUAACCAGUUGUUACUAUUUUUUUCUUUCCAAAGAAUAAAGGAAAACAUUGAUUUGGUGCUUCA